UUUGCUGCUAUUAUUUAACCAAAGCAAAGGAAUGUUCGAAUUACUUAGCGGUCGUGGAAUUGGUAAUUGUCCGUCAUCGUAUGCAUUCAUCUAUCUCUUCAAUACUUUCACUAUUUUGGGCACAAAUCCGCCCAGUGAUGCUGGUCCGCUCUAUUACAUUUGGUCAGCCUUCCUAAAUACAUUUUGCAUAAUAUUUUCACCAUUUUUAUGUACCGUCGGCUUCAUCAUGAAAUAUAUGCAGAGCACUAUAACGACUAUGCAGUUUUUGAGCGGAAUACAGGCUGGAACUAAUGUGCUUGGCAUCCCACCGAAAUGUUUAACUUUGGCAUUCUCUUUGAAGCGUAUGCGCAGCAUUGAACCCUUAUUGGAUGUUAUGGAUGCAAGAUACACCGAUCCCGAAGAUGUGGCCUUAAUACGUCAGGCAGCGAUUAUGGGUAAUCGAUUGGUAUUCGGUUUUGGCAUGACAUAUUUGACAUAUAUGCUGUUAACCAUAACACCACCCUUGAUCAGUGGUAAUGUGCCACUCUCAAUUUGGAUACCAUUCUUGGAUGAGAAUCAAUCGACGCUGCAUCACUUGAUGCAGGUAGUUAUGGAUUUGUUUUUAAUGUUUUUCCUGUUAUUCCAUCAAGUGGUGAAUGAUUCGUACGGUACGGUAUAUAUCUAUGUUAUUCGUACACAUUUGCGAUUGUUGAUACGUCGGGUUGAGCGUUUGUGUGUGAACGGCGAGAAAAGUGUCGAGGAUAACAUGGCAGAGCUGGUGGAUUGCGUCACAACGCAUCAACAAAUAUUAAGCUUAUUGACAAUCAUUGAACCGAUUAUUUCAGUAACGAUGUUUACACAAUUUUUAAUUAUUGCCAUAAUUUUGUGUGUAACCAUGGUAAAUAUGUUCAUCUUUGCCGAUCUGAGCACACAAAUUGCCUCAACCUUUUAUUUUAUGUGCGUGCUAAUGCAGACAUCGCCAUGUUGCUAUUUUGCUACCGAGCUGAAGGCGGAUAGUGAAAGAUUGCCGCUUGCCAUUUUUCACUGCCGUUGGAUGGAUCAAGAUCAACGUUUUCGCAAAGUGAUAAUAUAUUUCAUGCAUCGGGCUCAGUCCCCAAUUGAGCUGAUGGCUAUGAAAUUGUUCCCCAUUAAUGUGGCUACAAAUAUUUCGCUUGCUAAAUUCUCGUUUACGCUAUUUACUUUCAUCAAAGAAAUGGGAGUUGGUCAAGAUGCAAGAGAAUAAAUAUUUUAAGCCCGAGGCGGCGGACAAUAUCAGGAGAGAAUAGUUUUGAAAUGGAAUUACUGGAAAUUAC